CGUGACUUGCUCUGUCUCGUUUUUGUUGUUAUUCUCUCUCUUCGGGAGAGACGGAGUCUCAGAGAGGAGAGAGAGAGAGAAAGAGAGAGAAACUAACCGUCACAAAUGGCUAUGUUAGCAGACGCUACAGCAGAGCUAGAGAGACGCCAAAAACGAAUUCUCGAAAGGAUAGGAGAACUAGAGCUUCAUUUUUUGCCUGAGCAUUUCUCAGCCGCGGUCUCUGUCUCUUCCGGCGAUGAACAAAACUCCCUCACCGUAUCGCGUCUCUCUGCCAUCCUUAAAGCUAACGGUGUUGAUGAUUUCGUAUUCAAGAGCGCUCCUUCAGACUACUACGAUAGACCCAUCGAGGCGAGAAGAGAUAUCCUCGGUGCUGCUUCCAUAGACCAUCUCUGCAAGAGCAUCGUAUUGGUCAACACACAAGCUCAUGCUAGUGUCACUGAUUGUAGUGAUCGAAAUAAUUCAAAGUACUAUCUUGUGGUAGUGCAGUAUACUGCUCGGUUUAAUGCUGAAGCUGUGAAAAAUUUCUUGUACUCUCUCAACAAUGGAAAGAUACCAAAAAAGAAGUUCAACAUGAGGCUUGCACCUGAGGAUCAGUCAGCGAAGUUGACUGGAUACGAGCACAAUGCAGUGACAUGUGUAGGCAUGAAAACUGACAUUCCGGUAAUUAGAACCUGUCUUCUGUUAAAAUUUCUUACUGCUUGGAAUUUUUUUGAUCUUCAUGCUACAUAUUUUGCAGGAUAAAACCAAUAUCUGUUG